GCAAAGGUUGGCUUGCAGAUCUGGCAAAGUCUCUGUUACUUUAGGGAGAUGAGAUAGGCGGAAGGACGAGACUCGGAUUGCUGAACACUCAGUUUCCGAGUGAGGGUCAGGCUCAGGAUUCGAGUGUGACGAUCGUGACAUGGAGAGUGGAAUCAUGACUUGAUCGCGCGAUAGGCAGCUACUUCAUUUCCAAGCCAGUUCGGUCGCAUUUGCGAAUUCGCGUCGAUACGUCGACUAAUCGACUAGUUUGGCGCCGGCAUUCGACCCCUGUCGAUCACGCUCGUGAGCCGACAGCGACAUGGAUCUACGAGCCUUCGAACGCCACGAAGGCAAGCUGGUCUACAAGCCAGCUCCGGGUCCUCCCGACACAUUCACGCAGCAGCGUACGCUUGCUCUGUCCGACGCUCUCAAGAGUGCACUACUCGCUAUGGGCAAGAUUUUAUCAUUCAUCAGGGACGUGAGAGCAUUGCAAGCUCAGGGCUACGUCUCUCGCGUACCGUUACAACUCAACGAAGCGCUCGAACAAGCUUGUGAGCGGUAUCAAGCCAUUUGCGAUUGCAUCGAACAUGAAGCUCUCGUAGCCAAAGCCGUCAUCCAAAGAGAUACAGAACGAGGAACCUCGUCGCUUCAUGCGGUCGAAGCCCGGUUAGAUCCACAAGUGACCCCUGCGACGAGUGCUGUCGAGGCAGCGCAACCGGAGCGACAAGUCAUCGAGAUCAAAGACGAUGACGAUGAUGAUGUGGUCCAGAUCGCUAAGCCUACGCAAGGCAGAUCAACGACGAGACUGACGCAACAAGAGCGUCAGGCGCAGCAUCAGCAAGAAUUGCUAUCUACUUUCGGCCACACGCUCAAGUCGGACGUGCGGCAAGGUACACCGAAUAUGACGCUAGGCGAGAAAGGUCAACCUAUCCUGCCUCUCGGCGGGUCUGCAGUCUUUGGCGAUGCCAGCAAUGACUUUGCUCUGCCGAAUCCCAACGGCGCACAAGCCGGUACCGCAGCUGCAGCUGCAGCGGCAGCCGCGGCAGAUUAUGACGCGCUUCUCGCUAUGCUACCUUCCAUACCGCUUGACAAUACGCUCACUGCUCCUGCACCACCCCUCAACUCAAAAGCGCACCUGCCAACGCUGACAGCAGACGCAAACGCUCCGGGGCAGUCGUCAACAUCGUUUGUGCCCCAGCUGACCGCGAGCGAUCUGGCCGAAUUGGAGAACUACAGCGUACCGCCAGAACUGGCUGCUAUGCUUGCGAGUCUGUAACGCUCCGCUCGAAGCGCGAAGGGACCUUGUUGCUGCAUAGCAACUCACUUGUCGACGCAUACAGCAGCGAUAGAUUGUCUCGCUCGCCUGUUUGGUAAAUAUGCGCAGCAUUAUUGCUGUACUACCGCUCUGGGCAUCUGUGCUCGGCGCCGCUAUCGAGCAUAAGAACGCUGCUACGCUCUCGUUGGAAGUUUUGACCAAACAUGUGAUGACAUGGCAAGUAGGCUGGUACCCCAAUCCCGGCGCAACCUCGCCAGACGACGGGGCACUGUGGAUGGGCGACGUCGAUGA